UUUUCGGAGAUUUUUUGAUUUUUUCCUUUGCAUUUUUUUGUCCGAGUUCUUAUUCAUUCUUUAGAAGGUUCUUCCGAAUUUUCACCGUUUGAGCGUAUACGUUGAGCAUGGUUUUAGGAAAAAACCAGGAAUAUUAUAUUUUAAAACGCAGCAUCAAUAGAUAGAUUUGCGAAUCCGUACUAUGCCUUCGCCGCAGAUUAACGUGGAGUUCGCUGGUGGCGUGGAGCUUCUUUUUGAUAAUGCGAAGAAACUCAAAGUAUCCCUGAAUUCGACAGACAACUCCGGCAACGCUCUUAAAACGUUGGGGGAUCUCCUUCAGACCUUGAAGAAAUCAUACAUCAAGCAGCGUCCGGAACUAUUCAUGCAAGGCGAUAGCAUACGCCCUGGAAUUUUAGUUGUGAUUAACGACUGUGAUUGGGAAUUGAUGGGUGGCUUGAAUUAUGCUUUGGAAGCCGGUGAUAAGGUGGUGUUCAUUUCCACCCUUCAUGGAGGCUAAAUCAUCAAUGCAUUUUACGUGAGUUUACCGAGAGCCGGGAACUGAAAAUUAUCCUAUAUCUGUCAGACGGUGGGUCACUGUGAUGUGCGUGUGCUCACGUUUAAUUGCCACUUGUUGUAGCUUGAAACUCUGUUUAAUUCUUUGUUAUCUGUAAAACUUUAAAGAGAAGAUGUACGGUCUUGUAUGCUCUGUACUUUAUUCUUUUAUCACAUGUAGAGAGUUGGUAAAUGCAUAAUAUGAGUUGAACUGCUAUAUUCUUGCUAAAAUUUGUGAAUUUUGCGGAUUUGAGAUUGUUGAAUCUGCUGAAAAUAAUCCUGAUUGUUG